AUGGGCAAUCAGACCACCACAGUGACUUCUUUUGUCCUCUUGGGACUGCCGUUCAACCUGCCAGUCCAGAUGUUCCUCUUCUUAGUAUUCCUCUCUACCUAUGCUGCAACUGUGAUCGGAAAUACAGUGAUCAUGAUAGUAAUACGAAGAGACAAUCACCUCCACCGCCCCAUGUACUUCCUCCUAAGCCACCUGGCUUUUCUUGAUCUCUGCUUUUCUUCAGUCAGUGUGCCUAAACUCCUCAUAAUUUUAUGUGCAAGCCAGACCAUUUCCUAUAAUGGCUGCUUUUCCCAGAUGUGUCUCCUCCUUCUUACAGGAACCACUGAAGCAUACAUCCUGGCAGCAAUGGCUUAUGACCGAUACACUGCCGUAUGCAAGCCUCUGCUCUAUGCACAGAUCAUGAACAGAGAAUUCUGUAGAUGGCUAGUAAGUGGCUCAUGGACCACAGGUUUUGUGUAUGCCAUGGUUAAUACAUUACCUGCAUUGAGGCUAGUGUUCUGUGGACCAAAUAUUAUUAGGAAUUUCAGCUGUGAGUUUCCAGCUCUGCUUGCCUUAUCUUGCACAGAAACAUCCCCAAAUAUCUUGACAUUAUUCAUAACUGGUAGUGCAGUAGCAGGCUUUUCACUCCUCGUUAUUCUCUGCUCCUAUAUCAAUAUCAUCUUUACUAUCCUCAAGAUUAAUUCAGCGGAAGCUAAAAGGAAAACCUUUUCCACUUGCAGUUCUCAUCUCAUUGUUGUGGUUUUAUACUAUGGCAGUGGUUGCUUUAGGUAUAUGAGAUCCAAUGCAAUUUCCUCAAAGCUUGUGGAUUACUUCUUUUCCAUCCAAUAUAGCAUUUCCACUCCCAUGUUGAAUCCCAUUAUUUAUACCUUGAAAACCAGGGAAGUGAAAGAAGCCAUCAAGAACCUAACGGGAUACAAACCAGAGAUUCCUCAUGUAAUGUAA